AUGUUGGGUGAUGGUGAUGGUGCUACAGGGGUAGUUCAUGUCUCUGAUGGAGAAGAAGGUGACGAUGGAGAUGAUGAUGAUGAUGGAUCGUAUGAUGGUGCUACACCACCUUAUGAGAUGUCUGACUCAGAGCCAGUGCCAGCUACCAAUGAAGCUGUCACUGGAUCACCGCCGCCCACUCUCAGCCAGCUUUCCUCUGAAGACCCUUGUGACCCAAUUCAAGAUGCAUCGGAAGAAGAAGGAUGCAUUGUGGAAGCUUCCCAGGCAUCCAUCGAUUUCUUGAUUGCAGAGGAGGAGGAGAGUGCCAUGGAUGAGAAGGACAAGGCACAGUACCGAGAGUUCCUCAACAGUCAAGAUUCAUCUCUUGUCCCUGAUCUUCUUGCCGAUGCUGCUGUGGCCGCUGGGGGUUUGGGAGAGAAUGUUGAGAAAGAGAAGACGGAGAAGGAAAUCGCAGAGGACAAGAAACUUCCUUUGCCCAUGGAAGAGAUCCCGGUGAAGAGCAAAGAUCUUCGCAGCUCAUGCAGUUCCAAGGUCGUGGACAAUGGUGGGGGGGGCAGCUACCGAAAGGCUCAUAGCACAGCAAACCUCAAGAUUUCUGCUAGUUCCUCUAGUUUGAAGAGUCGAGCCAAGAAUGCACAAAAUUUAGCAGAACUAGAACGGGAGCUGUCUCACCUGAAGAAAGCAUUGCAAUCUCUCAGUACUUCCAAGCCCAUCCUGGUUGAAGAAAGCCUCCCACCGGGUGAUGACAACAUGGACACCCUUGUCAUGCCUGAGAGUGACAUGCAGGAGAUGGCCGACCGCUUGGCUGCUGAGAUUCCAGAGGAGCCGAACUUAGAGCAUGGUGAGCCACCUGUGGCUUUGCUUUCCAAUUAA